CCCUGUUGGACACAUACCCUUUUCAUAGGUUAGCCAGACAGGCAGAAGGGGGGACAGCAGAUACACAACACAUGGUGUUGUGGAGGUAGUGAAGGAACACGGACAGCGUGGGGUAAUUUUUCUGGAUAUACGAUUGUUAGUGGCAUAGGAGGGUAAAAGAGCAAGUGAGAGGUCCCACCUGCAGAUAAACAUAUACAGAGAAAGAAGACGAGAUGGACAACCUAGACAAGGGAGGAGGAGGAUCAGAUGGUGGAUUGGAGGACAAAAAACAAGUAGAGGAAGAGGUCAGUGAGAGUGAUAAGAAGCUCAAGGACCAGCGCAACAAAGCUGAAAAGGGCGACAAAGAGAAGGUUGAAACGAAGAGGGAGAAUCGAAAAUCUGGUUCAUUGUGGAGAGAAGGUUGGGCGCUUUCUGAACGUUUGGCCAUCAAUGUGUCAGGCAUGCGCUAUGAGACUCAGAUUCGCACUCUGGCCCAGUUUCCCGAUUCUCUGCUUGGAGACCCACAACGUCGGCUACGAUACUUUGACCCCCUUCGCAACGAAAUUUUCCUAGACCGCAAUCGAUUCUGCUUCGAUGCCAUCCUCUACUUCUACCAGUCUGGAGGUCGGCUACGGCGGCCUGCCAAUGUGCCUCUGGAUGUCUUCAUGGAUGAAUUGCGUUUUUAUGAGCUGGGAGAAGAUAUCAUGACUCGAUUCAAGGAGGACGAGGGCUUCCCAAAGGAGGAACCUCGGCCCCUUCCUAAAAAUGAGAUCCAACGCAAGCUAUGGAUUCUUUUUGAACACCCGGAAUCCUCCGGAGGUGCCCGUAUCAUCGCUAUCAUUAGUGUGAUGGUGAUUGUGGUCUCCAUUCUCAUCUUCUGUUUGGAGACACUUCCUGACUUCAGAGCAGAGAAGGAGCUGAGAGAGCAAUAUUCAUACCAGCCUCAUCCCAGUAUUGCAAACAGCACAAUGCUUGUCCCACCCAUGUCUUCUCCCUUCCAAGAUCCAUUCUUCCUAGUAGAGACCAUGUGCAUCUGCUGGUUUUCAUUUGAACUAAUGAUGCGUUUCGCCUGCUCUCCCAGUAAAAUGAUUUUCUUUAAGGAUGUGAUGAACAUCAUAGACUUCUUUGCCAUCAUUCCUUACUUUGUCACACUCGGCACCGAGCUGGCCAAGUCUAAGGGAGCUACACCGAGCAUGUCCCUGGCCAUCAUCAGGGUUAUCCGUCUGGUUCGAGUGUUCAGGAUCUUCAAGCUGUCCCGCCACUCCAAAGGCCUACAAAUCUUGGGCCAGACACUAAAAGCCAGCUUGAGAGAGCUAGCCCUUCUCAUCUUCUUUCUAUUCAUUGGAGUCAUACUGUUCUCCAGUGCCGUGUAUUUCGCAGAGGUGGACAACCCAGGCACGGCCUUCACCAGUAUCCCAGAGGCCUUCUGGUGGGCUGUGGUCUCCAUGACGACAGUGGGGUACGGCGACAUGUAUCCAGAGACGGUGGGCGGAAAGCUGGUGGGCUCCAUGUGUGCUAUCGCUGGUGUGCUCACCAUCUCACUCCCUGUUCCUGUCAUCGUUUCUAACUUCAGCUACUUCUACCACCGUGAGACGGAGUGUGAGAGUAACCAAGAGUACACUCACGUCAACACCGACCUUUGGGAGGAGGGAGAGGGUGAAGGAGAGGGAGAAGAGGGUGAGGAAGGGCCAGGGGAAAAUGGAAACUACGUCCCUCUUGAGGGAGGCGCAGCCUACAGAGGGAUCUGUGCUCCUCUUAAUGGAACUCUUCUUGCUGGAUUUUGUGCUGGGCAAGCUGGAGCGCAAAGAGGGACCAUUUACCUACGGGAGCCUCUGGUCACCCAAGUCUGAGACACUGGAGUUCAGAGAGUGACAUAAGAGAAAGAGAUGGCCCAUGUUCACUGGACACUGUCUCACUGUGACUCUGAAUAUAUGGGGAUUGAAAGAAAAGUUGGAAUGCAGGAAAUAACGCAUGAGAGAGAAACUGAUAGAGAGGCUUGCACGCAAAAGGUACAUUAAAGCCAGAGGAGGACAUAUUACAGGACGAAGAGUUCUCAGUAAAGACGUUACAAAAAUCACUGACCAGGAAUAAAAGUAAUUUAACAACCAUAAGCCAUUUUCCUGUAGCUGUGUUUACAAAACGUUUUGGUAACACUUAACAAUAAGUUUUUACAUGUUAAUAAUAGUUAACGCAAAUAAAUAACAAUGAACAAUACUUUUACAGCAUUUAUUAAUCUUUUUUAAUAUAAUUAUCUAAAUACAGUGACGAGAAAAGGUAUGUGAACCCUUUAGAAUGACCUCUAUUUAUGUAUAAAUUUGUCUUAAAAUCUUGUUUGAUCUUUCAUCUAAGUUACAAUAAAGAAUAAACGCAAUCUGUUUUAACUAUUAACACAGAUAUUAUUGUAUUGUUCUUGUACAUACUGAAUACAUAAUUCAGACAUUCACAGUGUAGGUUAGAAAAUGUAUGUGAACCCCCAUGCUAAUGACAUCAACAAAAGCUAAUUAGAGGCAGGAGUUGGUAAACCUGUCAUCCAACUAAUGAAACUAGAUUGAAGAUGUGGGUUAGAGCUACUUUGACUAAUAAAAAACACUCAACAUUUUGAGUUUGCUAUUCACAAGUAGUAUCUGCUGAUGUGAACGAAUGAAUGAAUGAAUGUAAUAUUUAUAUAGUGCUUUUCUGACACUACAAUCAAAGCGCUUAACAUACUGAACAGGGGACUCUCCUCACACACCACCAGUCUGCAGCAUCCAAAUGGAUGAUGUGACGGCAGCCAUAGUGCACCAGAAGCUCACCACACACCAGCUAUUGGUGGAGAGAAGAGAGUACAGUUAUAUAGCCAAUUCAGGGAUAGGGAUUAUUAGGAAACCAUAGGCCAGGACAAGGGGGUUACACCCCUACUCUUUGCGAGAAGUGCCCUGGUAUUUAAAGUGACCACAGAGAGUCAGGACCUCGGUUGUAUGUCUCAUCCUAAGGACGUGGACCGUGCCUCAUUAAAAAGAGAUCUCAGAUCAAGAUCUCUGAUCAAGAAUUUUUGCUUUGCAUAAAACUGGAAAGGGUUACAAAGUUAUCUCAAAGAGCUUAGAUAUCUGUCCACAGUUAGACAAAUUGUCUAUAAAUGGAGACAAUUUAGUACUGUGGCUACUCUCCCUAGAAGUGUCC